AUGGAUCUGAGCAGCUUGAAAGAGCAAGUCAGCAAUCUCACACUCUAUGACCUCAAAGCUGGGUUUCGCAAAGCUCAGAAUGCGGUGAUGAACUACACAGAGAUGGAGGCAAAGGUGCGCGAAGCGACCAACAACGAGCCAUGGGGUGCAUCUUCGACCAUGCUGCAGGAGAUCGCCAAUGCCACGUUUAACUACCAAUUGCUCAACGAGAUUAUGCCUAUGAUCUACAAGCGCUUCACUGAAAAGGCGUCUGAGGAAUGGCGACAAAUCUACAAGGCACUUCAAUUACUCGAAUUCCUGAUCAAGAACGGCUCUGAGAGAGUCAUAGAUGAUGCGCGCGCCCAUGUCUCCCUCCUCAAGAUGCUCCGGCAAUUCCACUUCAUCGACCAGAAUGGCAAGGACCAAGGCAUCAACGUGCGCAACCGGGCCAAGGAACUCGCAGAGCUGCUCGGCGAUGUCGACCGCAUCCGCACCGAACGCAAAAAGGCACGCGCCAACCGCAACAAAUUUGGAGGCGUCGAAGGCGGAGCGGGUCUUGGCGGCUUCUCCGGUAGUGGGGGCUUCUCAGGCGGCAGCGGCGGGGGCAGCAGCAGGUAUGGUGGAUUCGGCAGUGAGCAAUCAGACUUUGGAGGCUAUAGGGGUGAGGUCUACGGCGACGGCGGGGGUUUUGGGGGCAACCAGUCCGGUUUCGCAGACACGCAACAGCGCCGCGACCGCUUCGACGAGUACGAUGAAUAUGACGAGGGCGAAACCAACCCUGCACCACGGAGAAAGGAGCCUGCAGCAGCUCCAGCGAGGAGAGAAGCAAAGAAGGAGGAAGCCAAGCCAAAACUAAAGGCACCCGAGCCAGUCGUUGACCUGCUUGCCUGGGACGACGAGCCUGCGCCCGCCUCGAAUUCAGCAGGCAAGCAAGCCGUUGCAUCGACAGGGGCUGACUUUGGAGACGAUGACGACUUUGACGACUUCCAGUCUGCCGCGCCUGCAGCACCGGCAGCCCAGGCCUCAAAGCCAGCAGCCUUCACCGUGGCGCCUCCCGCUUCCACGUCGACGAUUACUUCAUCGACGCAAUUCGCCGCGCCCCAAGCUCAGUCGUCCGCCCAGAACAACAGCCUGAAAAACCUGUUUGCGACUGUGUCUCCACCACCAGCUGCAAACCAAAUGGCAUCACCACCACCCAUGGCUUCGGCCAUGUCCCAAGCCCCACAGCCCUCUGGAUACCAAGCGUCGGGACCCAAUUACUUCACGUCGAUGCCGCAGUUGGCGCCUCAGUCGGGUGCUUCCACGCCCUCCAUGGUGUCCACAGGCGGAAAGAUAGGAGGAGGAGGAGCUGCUCCCAAGAAGGCUGGCGGUGAUGCAUUCGCAUCGCUGCUGGCAGGAGCUGCACCAAAGAAGUCUUCGACCCCCACACAGAAGGUCACCAUGGGCGAUCUGGCCAAGCAAAAGACGAGCCAAGGGCUUUGGGGGACACCGGCAUCUGGUUCAAGCACACCAGCUGCACAGGCACCGCAGACCGGAGCCAAGCCUGGCAGUGCUCUUGGUGAUUUGCUGGGUUAG